AGACAGCUCAUCCGAAAAAAGAAAAAUCCCAACUUUUUUCCUCCAUUAAAGCACUUCAGAAAUGUAGAACAAACCUCACUGGUGAAGUGUGGGAUCUUCAAAAUAAUCCAAGAUUUUGAGUUGGGUGUUGUUGAAUUUGCGAAAUGGAAAGUGGGUUUACAGCAGAAGAUCUUUCCACAAUCGGAGGAAUUGCGACUGUAUCACUCUUACAUUCCUUCAUACCUACACAUUGGUUGCCUUUCUCCAUUGUUGGCCGUGCUCAGAAAUGGACUCUCUCUCGUACACUUCUUGUCACUGCAUUUGGAGCAGUAUUACAUGUAAUAUCCACUUCGAUUCUAGGCAUAACAGCAAUAACCAUUACAAACACAAUUGCUGGCGAGGAAUCAGUGCACAAACUGGCUUCCCUUUUGCUUAUAGUCCUUGGUGGUAGUUAUAUCAUCUUGUUUCUUUGUGGAAAGGGUGGUCACAGCCAUUCGCACAAUCAACCAAUGGAGAAAAUGGCCGUAGCAGGGCUUGUCCUUGUUCCUGCAUUGUCUCCUUGUGCAACCACGCUCCCUGUGUUUCUUGCUGUUGGAAACUCAUCCUCCAUGAUGGUGCUUGCCAUCAUAGUUCUGUUAUUCAGCACCAUAACUGUGAUGACCUCACUGGUGGCUCUAUCAUUUUACGGUGCAAGUCAACUGAAGUUCCACUGGGUGGAACGUUAUGACAAGCUCCUCGUCGGUUCAGUGCUAAGUUUGGUUGGUAUUUUGACCCUUAUCUUUCACGAUCACGAUCACGAAGGAGGUUCUGCAGGAGGUCAUGUGCACAGAAAACUCAUUGUGCUAUAAGAGGAUCAUUCUUCAGCCAACAAAUCUGUUUCCUGAAGCAUAGUAUUCUAGUGCAUAUUUACCUUAAAGGAAAGAAAGGGGAGCCUUGGAGCAACGGUAAAUUUGUUAUAGGUCAUGGGUAUGAGCGGUGGAAUCAGCCACUAAUGCUUGCGUUAGGGUAGGCUACCUACGUUACACCCCCUUGGUGUACGGCCUUCCCCCGAUUUCCCCAUUUUUUUUCGUUUACCUCAAGAAAAGCAAUGUACAAAUACACCUUUUUUUUGUUCAAGUUGUGCAAUUAAUGCGUGCUCAAGUUUAUGACUAUUCUGUUCUAACAAUUUUUAGUGUGGCAUUUUGCUUCAUUUA